AUGGCAGUAUGUGAGAGUAGACAUUCAAGUUCAGAGGAUGUUGUCUUGCGCAGAAUGGUUCCUGAGGGUUAUUGUUGUCUGGAUGUUGCACGUAAGGUGAAUGAUGAUAAAGUGAUAAAAGGAAUUGCUCCUGUUGGUGGUGGUGUGGCCGUUGUUGUCAGAGAAAGCAUGAAACCAACAAUAAUUGAACUGGUUCAUGGUUUGAAGACUUUUGAAUAUAUAUGUAUAUCCUGCUUUCCAACAAAAUUUAAACGAGUUUUACUUUUAAAUAUUUAUCGUCCGGGCUCUCAGCAAGUCACAAACUGUUUUUAUACUGAAAUUCAGUUGAUAUUUGAAGGUCUUGAAAUGCAACAUGGUCAUAUCAUUAUAACUGGUGAUCUAAAUAUUCAUUUCGAGGAUGAAACAAAUUCGCAUGCCAUGCGUUUACUGACAUUGAUGGAUGCUUUUGGGUACAAACAACAUGUCAUGUCUUCAACACAUGUUUUGGAAGGCACCCUUGAUGUUAUCAUUACGAAAGAGAAUGGAAUCAUAAAACUGUUGACGUUCUCCCACCAACAUUGUCGGAUCAUGGGCUGGUACUAG